CGGAACACGAGUCACCGUAGGAACGGGGAAGCGUGUAAAGCUCUCCCUUCCGUCUGGCUUUUCAGUCGGGCAUCGAACGCGCUAGCGACUCGUCCGCUCCACACGGUCCGUCUCUACUUACUAUUAUUUGUCCCUCAUCGUAACCACCGCGAGACCCCCAGUGACAUGAGCAGCGCCCACAGCCCCCCGCGAACCCCCGGAAAUCAGUAGACAAAUGAAGUAAUAAUUCAGGAAUAAUUCGAGUGCUGUUUAAUUUAUUUGCCAAACGGGUGCUCGCAGUUAUCGCAUCGCGCAUCCAAUUGCGUCAAUUCAGGUGGUGUGUUAACCCCCUCGUGAUGCGCCGUCGCUAGACCCAUCGCCCUUCGUAUUAGUUUUAAAUAAAUAUUUGAGGGGGAAACGAAUAAUCAAAAGUGUCGCGAAUCAAAAUAUCUUUUUUCUGUGCAUCUUGUCGGCUUGGCGGACUGAAAGGGGUUGAUCUGGUGGCGCAGUGUUGUUGGAUUUGAGUCGGCGGACGUGGCAGGCCGUUCGGCUCAAAUAAAAUCCACCGAAUGGAGGAGAUUAACGGAAAAAUGCAUCAGGAUCAACUGGAUGCUGCUUCCAUCGACACGGAUAUUCUCAAUCCAUUUGUUCAUCGAUUGGAGCUUGACACCACUUAUGACAAGCUCAAGACGGCAUUUCUGACAGUAGCAUUGCUGCCUUUUCGCCUGGCAGCAAUCACAGCGCUGGUGAUAAUGGCUUGGCUGCUCGCGUGUCUAGGCCUCCACGGCCUCUCCGAGGAAGACCUCCGCCGUGCUCCCCUCACCGGAUGGCGACGAGAUAUGAGGGUGCUGGUGUGCUGGGUGAUGAGGGCAAUGUUCGUCUGCGGUGGAUUUCACCAUUUGAAGGUCAAGGGCCAGAAGGCGACGACUAAGGACGCACCAGUUCUCGCUUUGGCACCGCACUCGAGCUUCUUCGAUGCACUACCGGUCGUCUACCUCGGCGGUCCCAGCAUCGUUGCCAAAGCCGAGACCGGGAGAAUUCCAUUCUUCGGAAAAUUGAUAAAUUACACUCAGCCGGUGUACGUCUGGCGGGACGACCCAAACUCCCGUCAAAAUACGAUAAAAGAGAUAAUAGAGCGAGCGACAUCGAAGGAGGACUGGCCCCAGGUGAUGAUAUUCCCCGAGGGUACCUGCACAAAUCGCUCGUGCCUCAUAACAUUCAAGUGUGGUGCAUUCUACCCCGGUGUGCCGGUGCAGCCCGUGUGCAUUCGCUAUCCGAAUAAAUUGGACACAGUCACCUGGACAUGGGAAGGCCCCGGAGCAUUGAAAUUGCUGUGGCUGACACUGACCCAGUUGAACAGCAGUUGUGAGAUCGAGUUUUUGCCGGUGUACAGGCCCAGUGAGGCGGAGAAAACAGACCCCAAGUUGUAUGCUAAUAACGUGCGACGAUUAAUGGCUGAAGCCCUUCAGAUACCAGUAUCAGAUUACACAUACGACGACUGCCGAAUAAUCAGCAAAGCUCACUCACUGCACCUGUCCCACGCCUCCAGUAUCGUCGAAGCGCACAAGUUGCGGUAUAAACUCGGCCUUCAGAAGAUAAAGGCAGAGGAGGAAUUGGUGCAGCAACGGAUAUCGAGAUUCGGGGACUCAGUGGACCUCCAGGAGUUCGCGAGAAUACUCAGGCUGGACCCGAAGGACCCAUCAGUCCAGCAAUUAUUCAGGAUUCACGACAGGAAUAAUCGCGGGCGGGUGGACCUCGAGGAGUACAUAUUCACAGUCCUGGCGAUAGCGAAUGCAAAUUCAGAGCUAGACCUCGUGGACAUUGCCUUCGAGGUCUGUGACUCGAAUGGCACCAAGUGUCUCAAUGCCAAGGAGCUGCAGAAGGUCCUGCGACUGUCGCUGCAGUUACAUCAUGAGGAGUGCGACAGAAUAUUCCUGCAGGCGUGUCGAGAAGCUGGUGGAGGGGACUCUGUGACAUUAGAGGACGUGAUAAGUGCGUUAGGCACUCGCCCCGAAUACUCCCACCUAUUCUCAUCCGACACCGACGAGAGACGAAAAAAAUCCAUUUGAGAGUGUCUGUUCGGCUCGUCAGAAAGUCCCCCAGUGAUCAGGAAGAACCGGGACUCGGACAAGCCGCUCCUGACAGGUGUCUGCUCGCCCGUCUAGAACCCUAGCCGCAACUCUGAAAAAUCAAAGUUCUUCCUCAUCGAAUUCUCCCCGAUAUUAAAGACAUGUAAAUAGGGAUGCAUGAAUACUUCGAAACCCAGAGAAAUAAAUCGGAGAACAAUUUUCCCCUAGUGCGAAUGGAUCAGACAUGCAGUGAAAUAGAGUCUUAUCAACUAGAUAGAUUGCUCAGGGCUAGCGAGCACGGAUUGAGCCGCACGACAAUUGAAACCGCAGUUCAUCCUUCAUUUAGGUGCUAGUGAAACAAGAAUUUUCAAAAUUCAAUUGAAAACAUAAAAUUUUAUUGAAAUCGCUCAGUAUAAAUACGUUCAACUAUCUAUAAUAUUUAAUAAAAACGUAGGUAACAAGGAGAUUAGAAAAACCAGACAAUUGUUAACACUCAGAAAACGAUUGUGUAAUUGAUUCGAUGGAAAUUAAUAUAACAUAAUUUAAUGUAAAAAAAACGCAUAUAAAUUUAUCUUGCAUAACGCAUACUGUAUGUAUAUAUUUAUUCAACUGUAAAUAUAGAUAAAAUAAAAUAUUCUUACAAGAUGACUCUCGA